AUGCUCUACUGUGCCGAGCCAUACCACCGGGUCUGCCGGCCAUCCGAUUCGGGCGCAAGCCGAGCACUCCAGGAACUCAUCCAGGCCGAACGCACCCACGAAGCAAGGUCAGCAGCACAAACACACACAAACAGCCACACAACAACAACAACAACAAAAAAAAAAACUCAUAAAACACACAGCUUCCGCACUUGGAACCAGGAAUCCCUGGCCGCCAGCCUCGCCAUCAGCUCAUGGGUGCUCGCCGACUCCGGAGACGACCAGACCAUCCACGUCCUCAACCAAAUCUCCCAGGUACUCACACACGCCGCCAAGGCCCAGACCCACUAUGCACUCGCCCUGGCCGACUACCGCGCAUCGCUCAAGGAGAUCGUCCUCAGAGACGCCAACCUGCGCCUCAUCAAGCGCCAGCGCGAGAGCCUGCUCAAGCGCGUCCUCAAGCUCAACAAGCAGGCCGCCCUCACCAGCCCCGCCAACUCGCUCCGUCUCCAGAUCAAGAUCGACGACGCCAAGCGCGAGGUCUCCAUCUGCCAGCGCACCCUCAAGGCCGCCUCAGACGCCCUCUUCAACGCCAAGCAGCUCGCCCUCGGGGAGGCACUCCGCCUCAAGCUGGCCCGCUUCGAGCAGCUCGGCGAGGCCAUCAAACUCAACGCAUCCCAGGCCAUCCAGCUCCUCACCCAGCUCGACCCCGCCGAAGCCGACUCGAGUGCCACCGAAUCCGACUUUGAAAGCUGCGACGAAGACCCAACCCUCCACGAGAACCACAACCAACGAGAGCCACCACCACCCGAGCUACCCAAGCCACCCCAACCCACGGAAACCCAGCAACAACAGCCCGCCACUCCGCCAGAGCCGAAAGCUGUCAACGAUCCCCGCCCGGCCAACCCCCGAGCCCAGAAAGCCACCCCGAAGGCCAGGCAGCCGCGCGGGGCGAACAAGCGGCCCGCGGCCAAGGUGAUCAUCAAGAAGCGGGCCUCGUUCAGCUCCAGACGAAGCCAGCUCUCGCCCCCGCCCCACUCCAAACGCUUCACGCUCUCCACCCUUCCCUCCCGACCCGUCCGGCUCGCACAGCCGCAACAACAACAACAACAACAUGCGCGCAAACGCUCCCAGAGCCUCUCGCUCGAGCCCUCCAUGGCCCCACGCCAGCUGCACCCCGGCCUCCGCAACUCCCAGCUGGUCCGGCAGAGCUCCCAUCGGCCCCUGGGCCGGCCCGACCCGCCUGCUGUCAGCGCCAGCGGGCCCGCCGUCGCCAGUCUGCGCGCCUCCUCCGCAAACAAGCCCCGCGACUCCCUGCUCUCAUUCAAGCUGUUCUCGAAAGGCAUGCUGUCGCGCUUGGGCGGCAAGGGCAAGCGGAAGGAGGAGGAACAGGACCACGCCGCCGAGCCGUACCGGGCGCACUGGAGCCGCGCGUCGCAGAGCCCGCCGAACGGCGGGGGAGGCGGGGGCCGGGGGGAGGACAGCUCGCUGUGGCCGACGAUCCCGCCGGUGUCGGCGUACUACUCGGAAGAGGAGGGCUCGUCGGAGGAGGACGGGAUGAGCAGCCAGGGCGACGACGAGCUGGAGGGCGCCGACCAGCUGUCCGGGCUUGUUGCGGGCCGUCCCAGGCCCACCAGCAGAGUGCCCGCGAGCUCCGAGGGCGGCCAUUCGCGGCCGGACCCCCACCGCUCCUGGGGCACGCCCACCACCUAUCCCGGCGCCCACCGCCGACGACGCAAGCCCAGGCCCGCCGCCAUCCGCCUCAGCCCCUCCGACUACCACGCCGGAAGCUCGGCCGACGAGGCCCCCUACGGCCUCCUCCCCGCCGACUAUCUGCUCCCCGACGACAUCCAGCUCCGCGCCAAGCGUCAGCUCGAACACCGCAAGGCCGUCCAGGCCCUCACCCGGAACAUCGACAAGAUCUCCCGCGCCCGCCGCGACGGCCUCGCUGCUGACCGGCCCGAUGACGACCCGCUGGUCGCGGACAAGGAGAACACUCGGCCUGUCCAUAGCCACCCGCUCUUGGACGAGCACUUCGUCCAGUACGACUCCGACAUCCAUCUCUCCGAGACGUUCCACGAAGACGGAGAAGACGACGAGGGGGGGGCGCACCUGGGCGCUGUCCAGGCCGCCCGUCGCGCCCCCUCCCGCCCCCCCACCCCCGCUCGAAGACGCGCUCGACGCCGGCCCCUCCACCGACGGCCCUCUGGCCCCCCACCACCAACACCCGCUCGACCUCGGCUCCGACACCGAGUUCGUCGAGGUCACGCAGAGGGCUAUGAACGAUGUGAAGACCCGGUUCACGUUGCUCGGCAUGCAGUCUUGAUCCCCUCGCUCUCUCCUUUCGCUUUCGCUUUCGCCUGUCCGCCCAUCUCCUGUCGCUCAUUCAUAGCCCACCGUCAGUAUCCUUUUCUUGCCCAACUCUUAUCCCCCCCUCGUCUUCGUUUUCCUAUCCCCUUCGACAUCAGACCAUCCCUCCGCAAAAAAAGUGACCAAAAGCCAAAAAAAAAAAAAAGUUGA